AAUGGCGAGGAAUCGCACUACAUAUGAACUUGACCUCAUAUGGUUAGGAACUUACACUUUAAUUAACUCCUUUAAAAGCACCAAUUCUGUCCGGGAGAGCGCCGGAAGCAACGCAGCCGUCGACACACCGCCCCAAAGCGAAGUGACCGAGAAGCGAGGAAUGGAUGAAGAGACGGGUGGCGACGAGCGUCGUCACCGUCAAGCAACCCAGCCAUCACCAUGCCCAAGAAUCCAUCACCAAAAAGAAGAUAAAGUAGAGAGAGAGAGAGAGAGAAUCCUUCUCCCUCACCCUCCAUCAAAAGCAAAAGCAGAGCCACCAAAGUGAUCCAUCCAUCCUCUCCUCCUCCCAUCGGCCUGGCUCGACAUGAGACCAUGACGAGCCCGCCGGCCCACACCGUCAGCAAACUCGCCGUCGAGGUCAUCGACGCCCGCGACCUCGUCCCCAAGGACGGCCAUGGCACCUCCAGCCCGUUCGUCAUCGUCGAAUUCGACGGCCAGCGGAAGCGAACCCACACCGUCGCCCGCGACCUCAACCCGCAGUGGAACGAGCGCCUCGAGUUCGCCGUGGCUAACCCCGCUUCCAUGGUCGCCCAGGAGCUCGAUGUCGAGGUCUACAACGACAAGAGGAUGGGCAGCCCCAGCGGCGCUCGUAAGAACCACUUCCUCGGCCGUGUUCGUAUCUGCGGCUCCCAGUUCGCUCGCCGCGGCGAGGAGGCGCUGAUCUACUUCCCCCUCGAAAGGCGGAGCCUCCUCAGCUGGAUCCGCGGUGAGAUCGGCCUCAAGGUGUACUAUUACGACGAACCGCUCUCGGACGAGACGAAACCCGUCGGAUCGGAUCCCAACCAGGCCCCUGCUCCCCCUCCGAGUACCGAGGAGCCCAAGGAUGUGCCUCCGGAUGUCCCGGCGCCCACGGAGGCCGCCAUCGACACGCAGUCCCCGCCACUGGUGUCCGUCGUCGUGGUGGAGAAAACGCCGGUCCAGACUGCGCACGUGAAUGCCAACGUGGUGUCACCGCCAUCGCCUGACCCGACAACGGUGGAGGCGUACCCGCCAGAGGUGCGGAAGAUGCAGACGCCGGCCUGCACGGAGAGGGACCGGGUGUUUUCCAAGAGAUUCAUCGGCGGCGCCUGCGGCCCGAGGGUUAUCUCGGGCCGGUUCGUCGACUGCAACGAGCUCGUCGACCGGCCCCCGCUGGCGACGUACGACCUGGUGGAGCCGAUGCAAUACCUCUUUGUCCGUGUCGUGAAGGCUCGGGGCCUCCGCCCGUGCGAGAGCCCGCACGUGAAGAUCCAGGCGGGGCCGCACACCCGCCGUUCCUUGCCGGGGCGGGACGGCGGCGCCGGCAGCCCGGAGUGGAACCAGGUGUUCGCGCUGAGCCAGUGCAAGCCGGACUCGAGGCUGGAGAUCUCGGUGCGGGGAGGCGGGCCCGACGAAGCUUUUCUGGGCGGCGUGUGCUUCGACCUGACGGACGUGCCGGUCCGCGACCAGCCGGACGGCCCCCUGGCCCCCCAGUGGUACCGGCUCGAGGGCGGCAGGGACGAUGCGCCGAUGACAGGGGAUAUCAUGGUGGCAGUCUGGAUUGGGACCCAGGCGGACGAGUCGUUUCCGGAGGCCUGGAACUCGGACGCCACGUACGUGAGCUACACCUACACCCGGUCCAAAGUAUACCAGUCGCCCAAGAUGUGGUACCUGCGGGCCACCGUCAUCGAAGCGCAGGACCUGCGCCUCGCGGCAGCGACGCGGCCCUACGACGUGCGCGUCAAGAUCCUACUGGGGAUCCAGGCCCUGUGUACCCGGCGGCCCACCGCGGUCAGCAGCAGUGCGUCGUCCAUCUCGUGGAUGGAGGACCUCAUGUUCGUGGCGUCCGAGCCGUUCAGUAACCACGAGAUGAUCGUGCAGGUGGAGGACCGGUCCACCAAGGAGCCGGUGGUGCUGGGGCACGCAGUGGUGCCGGUGGCGUUGGCGGAGCAGCGGUUGGACGAGCGGCAGGCGGUGGCGUCUCGGUGGUUCAGCCUGGAGGAGGCGGCGGCGUUCGCGGGGUGCCGCUGCGGAGGGGGGCCUGGCGGCGGCUACUACGGCCGGUUGAACCUCCGGUUGUGCCUGGAGGGCGGGUACCACGUGAUGGACGAGGCGGCGCACGUGUGCAGCGACUUCCGGCCGACGGCGAAGCAGCUGUGGAAGCCGGCGGUGGGAGUGCUGGAGCUGGGAAUCCUGGGGGCCCGCGGCCUGCCGAUCAAGGGCGGCGAAGAGGCGGCCAAGAGCUCCACCAACGCCUACUGCGUCGCCAAGUACGGCAAGAAGUGGGUGCGAACGCGGACCGUGGCCGACUGCUUCGACCCGCGUUGGAACGAGCAGUACACGUGGCAGGUGUACGACCCGUGCACGGUCCUUACCGUCGGAGUGUUCGACAACUGCCGCAUGUUCGACGCGGCGGGCGACCGGCAGGACUACCGGAUCGGCAAGGUUCGGAUCCGGGUGUCGACCCUGGAAAGCAACCGCGUGUACACCACCUGGUACCCGAUGCUGCAGCUGCAGCCGUCCGGCGUCAUGAAGAUGGGCGAGGUGCAGCUGGCCGUCCGCUUCGCGUGCUCGGCGCCGUUCCCGGACACCUGGGCUAUGUACGCGCAGCCGAUGCUCCCCCGGAUGCACUACCUUCGGCCAAUCGCUGUGUGGAAGCAGGAGGUGCUGCGGGCGUGGGCGAUCAGGAUGGUGGCCGAGUGGCUCGAGCGGUCGGAACCGCCGCUGGGGCAGGAGGUGGUGCACUACAUGCUCGACGUCGACACGCAGUCAUGGAGCAUCCGGCGGAGCAGGGCCAACUGGUUCAGGGUCCUGUGCGUCCUCGCCUGGGCCUUCGGGCUGGCGAGGUGGGUCGACGACAUCCGGCGGUGGAGGAAUCCCACCACUACGGUGCUGGUGCACGUGCUCUACCUGGUGCUGGUGUGGUACCCGGAGCUGGUCGUCCCCACCGCGUCGCUCUACAUGUCCCUCAUCGGGAUAUGGUACUGCCGGUUCCGGCCGCGGGUACCCGCGGGGAUGGACAUGGGGCUGUCGCAGGCGAACAUGGUGGCGGUGGACGAUCUGGACGAAGAGUUCGACCCAGUGCCGAGCGCCAAGCCGGCGGAGGUGGUAAGGGCGCGGUACGACCGGCUGCGGAAGAUGGCGGCGCAGGCGCAGAGGCUGCUGGGGGACUUCGCGGCGCAGGGGGAGCGGGUGCAGGCGCUGGUGAGCUGGAGAGAUCCCCGGGCGACGAGGCUCUUCAUCGUGGCGUGCCUGGUGGUGGCGGUGGUGCUCUACGUGGUGCCCCACAAGAUGGUGGCGGUGGGGCUCGGCUUCUACUUCCUCCGCCAUCCCAUGUUCCGAGAUCCGAUGCCACCGGCCAGCUUGAACUUUUUUCGGCGGCUUCCCAGUUUAACCGAUCGUAUGUUGUAGUUGUCUCAGCAUCAGAUCAUGAGAGAUAGAAGCAACAGUCGACGAGGAAUCCCUGUGACAGGAAGACGUAAUAUUUGUUGGGUUGACAUAGUUUGAUUCUCAGGAACAAAAGGCAAAUAAGAGAGACGCUACUUGGCAGUUCUCAGGUGUUCCUUCAAGAAUAAAAGAAUUAUUGUCUUUGGCAUUAGAAUCAA